UGUCAUGUUCGCGUCCAGAGAGAGAGAGAGAGAGUGAGUGCCGGAACGAGAAACCGCCGAGAGCUGCUGACUGCUUUGGAAAACGGCGGAGUCAUUUCGUGUUUCCUGCAGGACGGUGAAUACUUUCAACGUCCGAGACGAUGUCGGCGCGAUACGACAGAGCGAUCACGGUUUUCUCGCCGGACGGCCAUCUGCUCCAGGUGGAAUACGCCCAGGAAGCCGUCAAGAAGGGCUCGACGGCGGUGGGCGUACGCGGUGCAGACGUGGUAGUCCUGGGCGUCGAGAAGAAGUCUGUCGCCAAGCUGCAGGAGGAGCGUACAGUGCGCAAGAUAUGUCUCUUGGACGAUCACGUAAUCAUGGCCUUUGCAGGUUUGACCGCUGACGCAAGGGUGUUGAUCAAUCGUGCGCAAGUCGAGUGUCAGAGUCACAAGUUAACCGUAGAGGAUCCCGUUACCUUGGAAUACAUUACGAGGUACAUUGCAGGCUUAAAACAGAAAUACACACAGAGUAACGGCCGUAGACCUUUCGGAAUAUCCUGCCUCCUAACUGGGUUCGAUUACGACGGUGUCCCACAUCUUUACCAAACGGAGCCGUCAGGGAUAUAUUACGAAUGGAAGGCAAACGCGACAGGUCGCAGCGCCAAGACUGUACACGAAUUCUUGGAGAAGUUUUACACCCCGGAAGAGGUGUCGACGGAAAAGGGUUGUAUAAAAUUAACUAUCAGGGCGCUACUUGAGGUAGUCCAAUCUGGGCAAAAGAAUCUGGAGAUAGCGGUAAUGCGACGCGGGCAGCCAUUACAGAUGUUGGAUUCAGACACUAUAGGCGAAUAUGUAACGGAAAUCGAAAAGGAGAAGGAAGCAGAGGCGGAAAAGAAGAAGCAGAAAAAGUGAUGUCUCGUGUUCUACUAUGCACCUUUAACUACAUCAUUAUUAAUAUUUCUUAUAAAAUAAAUAUAUUGCAAGAAAAAAAAUAGAUGAAGGAAAACGUAUAAAUGGAACGCGGUGAAAUUGACUUUCUUUUUUUUUAUUCGUACUGCUAUCACGGAACUGUGUAAAAUGUGUAUACAAAACCAUUCGUCGCAUGUUUUCCAGUGUUUCAAGAUUUAGAUUAAUAUUACAAGGACAAGGAUCGUACUCUGCCACGAAUUGUUUUGCAACAAUAAAUAAUUACGAUUUCA